GGACAAAGAGGAUAGAAACUUCUUAUUUUUCAUCAUGCCGAGAAAAAGUGAUGCAGCUUUAGUGGAAGAAGUUGGGAUAGAUGUAGAUGCGGAUAUAAGCGACAGUGAUGACGGCGCCACCCAGAGAAGAGGGAACAGGAGGCAGGCAGCUGGGAGAGGAGGUGCAAAGGGAAGAGGCCGUGGUAAAAAACCAGCCAGUGAGGACGAGGAUGAUGAAGAUGAGGAGGAGGCUCCCAGGAAAGGCAGGAGAGCAAACAACAAGAAGCCGACCAAGAAACGUGGUGGUGAUGAUGAUGAGGAUGAGAGCGAGGAUGAGGCCCCUAAGAGGAAGCGAGGAGGAGCGGCCAAUAAGAAGAAGAAAGGAGGCAAAGCCCAGGACAGUGAGGAGGAGGACAGUGAUGUGGGGAAAGGAAAGAAGGGAAAGAAGGGAGGAGGGAAGAAAGGAGGGAAAGAGGAGGAGGACAGUAAGGGUAAGAAGGGGGAUGCCAAAGGAAAGGACAAGGGGAAAGACAAGGACAAUGACAAAGACAAGAAGAAGAAGAAGAAAAAGGACGACAGUUCAUCUGAUUCCAACUCGAACUCUGACGAGGAAGAGGAGUCCAUGUCAGAAGGAGAGAUGGCCCGGCUGAUGGAGGAGGUGGAGGAGAAGAAGAAACUGAUUGCUAAUAUCAGGAACAAGCCAUGGAGGAUGAAGCGGAGGCUCGUACACCUGAAGGAAGCUCAAGAAUUUGUGGAUAAGUUUGAAGGAGCUUUGGGCAAAGGAAAAGGCAGAAAGUGGUACGCCUACAAAGUGAUGAUGACAAAGAAAUGGAUCAAGUUCCAGAGGGAUUUUGAGAAUUUCAGAACAUCCUGUAUCCCAUGGGAGAGGAAGAUCAAAGAGGUGGAAAGUCAUUUUGGGUCAUCUGUGGCAUCUUACUUUAUCUUCCUGCGCUGGAUGUACGGCAUGAACCUUGUCCUUUUUGGAUUCACUUUUGGACUGGUGGUCAUCCCUGAGGUUCUGAUGGGUCUUCCUUAUGGAUCCAUCCCCAGGAAGACUGUACCUCGAGGAGAACAGGACACUGCUCAGGACUACUCUGUCCUCAUGGACUUCAACGGAUACUGCAAAUAUUCAGUCCUGUUUUAUGGAUAUUACAACGACCAGAGGACCAUCGGCUUGCUGAAGUUUAGGCUGCCUCUGUCCUACCUUAUGGUUGGGAUCGGUACAUUCGGCUACAGCCUGAUGGUCGUGAUCCGCACAAUGGCCAAGAACGCUGAUGUUGGCGGUGGAGACGGAGAGGAAGGAGAGUUCACCUUCGCCUGGAAGAUGUUCACCAGCUGGGAUUACCUCAUAGGCAACGCAGAGACUGCAGACAACAAGUACGCCUCCAUCACCACCAGCUUCAAGGAGUCAAUUGUGGACGAGCAGGAGAACCAGAAAGAUGAGAACAUUCACCUGCGGAGGUUCCUCAGAGUCCUGGCUAAUUUCAUGAUCACCUGCAGCCUCGGUGGCAGCGGAUACCUCAUCUACUUCGUGGUGAAGAGGUCUCAGGAGUUUGCCAACAGGAAUGACCUCAGCUGGUACGAGAAGAACGAGUUGGAGAUCAUCAUGUCUCUGCUGGGUCUGGUGUGUCCUCCUCUGUUUGAGACCAUCGCUGAGCUGGAGGACUACCAUCCUCGAAUCGCCCUCAAGUGGCAGCUGGGACGCAUCUUUGCCCUCUUUUUGGGAAACCUCUACACAUUUCUUUUUGCCCUGUUUGAUGAGGUCAACACCAAGCUGGAAGAAGAGGAGUCCAUUAAAAAUGCCUCCAUCUGGACCAUGAAGGAGUACUACGCCAACUACUCACGCCUUGUCAACGACACCGAGGCCACCCCGCCCCCCAUGGACCCUGCUGAUGUCAUCAGAGGACCCUGCUGGGAGACUGCUGUUGGCAUAGAGUUUGUGAAGCUGACAGUGUCGGACAUCCAGGUGACCUACCUGACCAUCCUGAUUGGUGACUUUGCCAGAGCUGUCAUCGUCCGCUUCCUCAACUACUGUUGGUGCUGGGACCUGGAGGCUGGAUUUCCGUCAUAUGGAGAGUUUGACAUCAGUGGUAAUGUUCUGGGAUUGGUCUUUAAUCAAGGGAUGAUCUGGAUGGGGGCGUUUUAUGCUCCUGGGCUGGUUGGCAUCAAUGUGCUCCGCCUCCUCAGCUCCAUGUACUAUCAGUGUUGGGCGGUGAUGGCAACCAACGUCCCCCAUGAGAGAGUCUUCAAGGCCUCCAAGUCCAACAACUUCUACAUGGGUCUGCUCCUACUCAUCCUCUUCCUCAGUCUGUUACCUGUCGUCUACACCAUCAUGACCCUGCCGCCCUCGUUUGACUGUGGACCCUUCAGUGGGAAGGUGAAGAUGUUUGAUGUGAUCAUGGAGACGAUUGACCUGGACCUGCCGGCCUUCAUGGGGACGCUCUUCAGCUAUGCAGCCAACCCGGGCCUCAUCAUACCAGCUGUUCUGCUCAUGGUACUGGCCAUCUACUACCUGAACUCGGUGUCUGAGGCCUACAAAAACUCCAACAUGGAGCUGAAGAAGAAGAUGCAGAUGGCUCGGGAUGAAGAGAAGAACAGGAGGAACAACACGGACAGCACCAACCAGGUCAUGAAAGACCUGGAGGACCUGCUGCCGAAUCGCUCCCUCAUCCCCCCUGCUCCUCCACCAGAGCCUGAAAAGGCACCAGAGAAGGAUGCAAAGCCAACUAAGACGAAACCCGGGACAGCCGGUAAAGGUGUUAAUUUGCAGAAAGAUGUGGCUCUAGCAUCACCCAACCCCAACGCUCGGGGGCCAGUGAGCCGGCCACCAGGGCCAAGAGGACCUGGACCAAUGCCAGGUCCGGGUCCUGGUGCAGGACCGGGCCGAGGCCGUGGGAGAGGGCCUCCUCCAAGAUAACAGUGUGAGAAAAUCACAAUUUUGCAGGCUGUGUUCAUCCCUCAGAUAAUGUCUGUUAAUUUCCCAACUGGAGACACAAACAGGCACUUGUGAUUGUGGUAUUUCACUCACAAGGACCUUCAUUAGGACUUCAUAUUUACUUACUGACAUCAACAUCAACUCAGGUUAUUUUGGAAAAUUAUAACUCUAUAAACUGCAACCUACCAUACAGUUUUAAAACACAGUGCUGUAAAAACCUCAAUUUUGUUGAGCUAGUUAUCAUCACAAUUCACAAAGGAAGACAGGAAAACCAGGUUGUUGAUGUGUGUUUCUGCCCAUGUGGGUCUCUAAUGGGACCAAAGUGUCCAACCUUUUGGGCAAAUUCAGGGCCCAAGUUGAACAUCUUUUGGUUAGCACAUGGUAUAGACUUGGGUUACCACUGGUAUAUCAAGACACCUCAGUCAGUGCUAAAUCAGUGCUCAAGGUAUUUUUAAACUGUAGGUAGCCAUAGCAACAGUACUUCAGAUAACAUAAGACACAACUUUAUUUAUCUCAAAAUAAAUUUUUGUGCCCCCAGAUACUCAGUAUAUAUUGAGCGUGAAUUCUUGGAAACAGUAGUCUGACAAAACAACACUGCUAAGUACCUGUUUCUGGAGCUUUCAACCACAUCUUAUGGUCUUUCUCAUCACCCACAAACAACUGCUUGUUAUCACGUGACCAAAGUUACAUACUUAGGUCAUGUGAUUAUUUUUUUGUUUUGGUCAAACUCAGUAUACAUUGUAUAUAUAAUAUUUCUAGUAAAAUAGAAUAAAACAAACAUAAAAGUGGAAUAAAAUAAAAAAUAAUAAAGGGUGGUGCUAGUACAAAUGACAAUGCAACACAUGAAUGAGAGGUUACUAGGUUACAUAUGACAGAGAGAGAAAGAUAGAAAUAGAAAGUCUGAAUAGGAAAGUGCAUGACCAUUCAAUGGGAAACUGGAAAUGGAUCAGCCUGUUACUAAACUGUGGGGGGCCUAACUGGAAUAUGUGCAAGUGAUGAACAGUUUUCUCAUUGAACUUUGAAAUCACUGACCAGGAAACAUGAUGACUUAACUGAUUUUAGGUGUCCAGACACACUGUAAAGUAAAUGGAAGAGGGUAGCUUGGAUAUCUUGAAUUUAAUGUCAGUAUGUUAAUAAUGUAAAUUAAGCAUAUUUUCAUACUUUUACAAUAUGAUAUCGGUAUCACAUCCAUAUACAACUAAAUCUGUUUAUGUAUUGUAGGAAAUUACAGUGUGUGAUCAUGUCUGAUGUGUCAGUUAUUGAUUUUCAACACAUCUGUGCCUCUGGCCUUCUUUAUUUUCUCUUAC